UGUGUGAGGCGCGCUCCCGAGGGGGCCGAACGGAGCGGCGGGCGCAACUUCUCAUCCUCCUCUUCUUCCUACCGCACAAAGAGCCCCGUCCGGCCGCCGGUCCCCGAGCCAUGUCCCUCCGCAGCGCUCGGCCUCGCGGUGCCCACGCCGCUGGGAGCCGCCCGGCUCCGGCCCCUUUCGGUGCCUGGCGCCCGCUCAGCGACUGAUCAGCAGGGAGACCAACACCAUUGUUCUGGGGAGGGAAAGGCCAGCACUCUGUGGGAGAGAACCAUGUCUGUUCGAGAGACAUUUAACCCAGAGAGCUACGAACUGGACAAGAGCUUCCGCUUGACCCGCUUCACGGAGCUGAAGGGCACAGGCUGCAAAGUGCCUCAGGAUGUCUUACAGAAGCUGCUCGAAUCUCUACAAGAAAACCAUUUUCAGGAAGAUGAACAGUUCCUGGGGGCAGUCAUGCCCAGGCUGGGAAUUGGGAUGGACACUUGUGUUAUUCCAUUAAGACAUGGAGGUUUGUCGUUGGUUCAGACAACAGAUUAUAUUUAUCCUAUUGUGGAUGAUCCUUAUAUGAUGGGACGGAUAGCAUGUGCCAAUGUCUUAAGUGACCUUUAUGCCAUGGGGGUCACAGAAUGCGACAACAUGUUGAUGCUCCUUGGAGUCAGCAAUAAAAUGACAGACAGGGAAAGAGACAAAGUGAUGCCUCUAAUUAUCCAGGGUUUCAAAGAUGCAGCAGAAGAGGCAGGAACAUCUGUUACUGGUGGCCAAACUGUGUUAAAUCCCUGGAUUGUUUUAGGAGGAGUGGCCACAACAGUCUGUCAGCCUAAUGAAUUUAUAAUGCCAGACAAUGCAGUGCCAGGAGAUGUGCUUGUAUUAACUAAACCCUUGGGAACACAAGUGGCUGUAGCCGUCCACCAGUGGCUAGAUAUUCCAGAAAAAUGGAACAAAAUCAAACUAGUGGUAACACAGGAAGAUGUAGAACUAGCAUACCAGGAAGCAAUGAUGAAUAUGGCAAGGCUGAAUCGAACAGCUGCUGGACUUAUGCACACUUUCAAUGCACAUGCAGCUACGGACAUCACAGGGUUUGGAAUCCUGGGACAUGCACAAAACCUUGCCAAGCAGCAGCGAAAUGAGGUGUCCUUUGUUAUUCAUAACCUUCCUGUUCUUGCUAAGAUGGCUGCUGUCAGUAAGGCUUGUGGCAAUAUGUUUGGCCUCAUGCAUGGGACUUGUCCAGAGACUUCAGGAGGUCUCCUCAUCUGUUUACCACGAGAACAGGCAGCACGUUUCUGUGCCGAGAUCAAGUCUCCCAAAUACGGCGAAGGUCACCAAGCGUGGAUUAUUGGCAUUGUAGAGAAGGGCAACCGCACGGCCAGAAUCAUAGACAAGCCACGAAUCAUUGAAGUCGCACCACAGGUGGCCACUCAGAACGUGAACCCAACGCCUGGUGCCACCUCUUAAUAGAGAUGAAAUAGCUGUUUGUUUUUAAAUAGAUCUAUUCCUUUAUCAUCCUACAACUUAAAGAACUGUAAAAAAGAAAAGAAAAUUUGUUGUGUCUGCACAUCUGGUGGCCUUAGGUCAGUUUAUGAGUGGAUGCAAUUAAUGAAAUAAAAUCCAUUGCCUUUUUUUCCUGUUACAUUAA